AUGGCUUCAUUCCUGAAGGACGCGAUGCGACUUUGCCAAGCUUCAACAGGUAGCUAUGGCGCUGAGCCUGUUGUCUUUGAUCGACUAUGGCGCACCAUGAUUGCGAAUGUCGGUGAUGCCUAUCCGGCCCAGGCAAGCUAUCGGGAAGUGUUCAGAUCUUGGCUGGAGCACAAGUUGAAUACUUUACAACUCUCAGCAGAAGCUGCACAUGACCGGAGUGCUCUCCAGUUGCUGAGAAGCACUUGGGACCUCUGGAGGACGCUGUUGGAGAGCGAGAAGGCUCCGGACCCGGACCCUGCACAAGUACCUCGCGUUUCCCGCCAAUUCGAGCGGCGCUGGAUCAAAUACAUGGGGGUCCUCUGCUAUCUGGACAAUUUGAAGACCUUGGGAAUCGUCAACAAGUCCGUGAAACCGGGUAAUGACGAGGUGUGGUUGCUCGAAGGCGGCAGGACGCCAUUUUUGCUGCGUCGCAUCCACGGGUCGCACGAGUAUAAGUUUCUUGGAGAAGCUUAUAUCCAUGGCAUCAUGCACGGCGAGUAUAUUCAGGGGCUUGGGUCAAACAUACACUGGCAAGAUGUUUGGUUGAGUUAA